AUGUGUCUUGAAACCCCUUUCGCCCUUGGACUGGCUAUACCAGCUUCUGCUCUGUGGUCCGUCACUUACUACACUACACCCCAUCGUUCAGGUGCGGGAAAAGAGGUUGGAGGCAUCGAAGCCGGAUGCCAGACUCUGGAUAGCGGCACGGAAUCGGUCAAGAUCUCCACUGACAGUGGCAACAACAUUACUUUGAGCACGGAUAGCAGCUGCAACCACCCUUAUGAGGAUGCCAUCCCAAGCGAAGUAACCGACCGCUGUGUCAAUGCCGCUAUCCGUUCCUUUCUGUCGUAUUGA